AAAAAUGGCCGUUUCUGUUUUGUUUUGUUACGAUUUCACGUUUGAAUAUUCUUUUAAGUUUUUAUUUUAAAAUAAGUAGUUCAGUUUUAUUAUAACACGCCCAAUACAAUAUUAAAGUUCUGUGAAAUCAUUUUAACUAUUACAAUAGUUGUAGAAGCCCUUGAUUAUCAAAAAUGCCGAGAACGAAACGGCCCGGAAGAAAGCAGGAAAAGACGGCAGAAUACGAUGAUGAGUUGAAAAAGCUAAAUAAACUUAUUACUGAUCAAAAAAAUAAAGUAGACUCCCUUACUCAUAUGGAGAUUCGGAACUUGGAGCUCGCGUACAAGAUACUGCUCGGAUCUAUCAGCAAUACUUACUUGCAGAAAACUGUUGGAGAACUGAAAACAGAGCUACAUCUCAAAGAAGUCACAAAUUCAAGAAGAACUCGUCACUCCAGCCGCUCAGCAUCUCAUGAUGACGGCUAUCUCACGGAGAACUCGUCGCAGGGCUCCGGCGGCGGCGGGAAGAGGCAGAUUGUGCCCCCGUCAGUCGGCCGUCCUACCACAGCCAGUCGUCCGACGACAGCGAGCCGCCGGUCCCGCUCGGCCGACGCAUCGUGCCGCAAGCUACCGCCGCCCACCGCCAGCAAGACCCAGCGGCGCCGUUCGCGCUCCGUCUACCGCACCCCCGCGUACAACAAGAACUGCGCUGUCAACUAUCCUGCUAUCACGCCUAAGGUAACUCCACAAACGCCAUUGACAGUGCUGCGUCAGCCGCGGCAGGGUGAGAUGGUGGUCUCCAUGUCCGGCUCGCCGGUUAUGGUGCCUUCCUGUUACACAAUGAAACCAGACGAGAUGGCGAACUGCAACAUCUUACUCCAAGACGGAACCAUGCUGUCGCUGCAGCCCAAACAGCUGCGUCAGUCGCAGGCAUUCAUUCCCUUCUCUCUCAUGGACUCCAACGUGCUCUCACAGCUCAAGACGCUCAAAGAUAAUCUCGACAAAGUCGUCAAACUAGGAGAAAAAGCCAUGAAGUGACGCUAGUAACAUUAACUAAUUGCUGGGAAAAAUUCCAGCUAUUGGGAAUUUUUUCCCAGAACAUUUCCAGCAUAUGGGAAAUUCCCAUUAGGUAAAAAUUACUGGUUUGUAUUCUAAAGUGGAUUUUAAACUGUUUACCAGUAUUGACUAGUGUAAUCCAGUGACUGGGAAAUUUCCCAUUGCUUGGUAACUUAUAGGUAAUAUUAGUUUUAUGAGUGUGAAUGUUUUAUUGUUUAUGAAUUAAUUCUUAAUGUUAUGGCUGACAUGUGUAUAAUUGUGUACCUCUUUAUUGAUAGUUAUAGUAUUAAAAUCUUGACUUUUA